GGAGAGACGGACAGAAAGAAGACAGACGCUGACAGAAAAACAUCCGGACAAGAUGAUGAUGAUGAUGAAGAAUCCUAUCGUUCUGGUGGCCUGCAUGCUGCUUUUGUCAUCCCUCACUGUCAUGGCAUCUCAGAGCGUCUUUGGUCCAGAUGAAUGCUGCUUUAAUUUCAUCUCCCAUCCCCUGCCUAAGAAGAGGGUGGUGAGCUACAAGUACACAGACAAGCUGUGUCCAAUGGAGGGUGUGCUCUUUACCAUGUUGAAUCGUGCGAAACUCUGUGCCAACCCGUCCACGGAGUGGGUAAAGAACAUCAUCAAGAUCAAAGACGAAGCCCAGGCUAGAAACGCUUCACUUCAUAGCUGAAGCUGACUUCAGAGCCAAGCAGAAUCAGUGGUGUGGGGGCAAGCUAUAAUUUAUCCUCACAGUUGUCUCUAUUUUUAUUCAGAUUAUUUUUCUAUUUUUCUAAAAAUAAAUACAAAUUAAUGAAUUGA